UCGCAGUUUUGACUAUAAUCGUCCAUAAAUUGCGAUAUAUCGUCAGUUUUUAACAACUGGUGAUUAAUGGACUUGCAGAAAAAAUCGCCAAUUGUUAAAAAUCACUGAUAUAUCGCCAUUUUUAAAAACAUCGCAAGUUAAUUAUGAUUAAUUAAUCAAGAUCACUUCACUCAUCAAAAGAUAUACAGCACAAUUUGCUUUCGUAACUUCAGUUGCAGUAACUACAAGCUUAAUAGGUAUUCCCUUCUUUUGCUUCUUGCCGCCAAGCUCUUCAAAGAAAAGAUCUCAGUCAUUCCUUCAUUUGUUUCACUCAAGUAAACAUCUCAUUUUAAUUAUCUCUAUAAAAGCAUAGCAUGUCAAGUAAUACAUGUACUGUUCUAAAUACAAAUACUAUUCAAAAUGAUGAUACUCAUCAUCAAAAUGAACAUCAAAACGAUAAUGAACAAAAUGAUAAUGAAGAUGCUAUAGAUAGUCAGCAUAAUAAUAAUGAUAACACAGAUGAUGCUACGAAUUUAAAGUUAUCGAAGACGUCCGAUGAUCAUAGCGCUUCCGGGUCGAACUCCUCUGACAAGUCGGAUGACGAGGAAACGGACAAAGUUCAUAAAAAACGGACAUCACGAUGUGAUCAUACACCGAACAAAAAAGAUACAAAACGAUCACAACCCGGUUAUAAUCGUUAUCCUAGAGGAGGAAAUUCAUUUCGACCACGGUCAAAUUUUCCACGGAGUUCUGGUUCAUGUCUUUGGAAUAAUAAUAACAAUUGUCCAUUCAUUGGUUUUAAUAAACGUGGUGGAUUUCAAUCAACUUAUCCACCGAAACAGCCACAUGCUGGCGGUCAGACAUGGGCGAGUCCGAGAGCCCAUAUUGAAACAGCAAAAAAAUUUUGGAAAUAUUGUUUCGAACAUAAACUACAUGUUACAGCAGAAUUUCUACCAGGCCGUCUGAAUAUGGAAGCAGAUUAG